AUGCUCGGCCACGUCGUCAUCGGCUCCAACGGCGGGUGGCUCGUCACGGCCGACGAGCAAGGAGGCCUGCGCAUGGCUAACCCGGCCACCGGAGAGCGGGCGGAUCUGCCGGCCAUCACCACCAUCCCGUUCCUCAAUUUGGUGGGACGCCGAUGGUUCUUCCUCGACGUGGAGCCCUUCGUGCAGAUCCGGUUCGGAGGCCCUCCCCCGCCGGAGGACAAACACUGGGGGCCGCACCCGCCGAGGACGUACACGCUCACGGCGGCGCAGAUGCGCCAGAGCUUCUACCGCAAGGUCGUCCUCUCGGCGUCCCCACGGCCGGGCAGCUACGCCGCCAUGGUCAUCACGGACAGGCAGAUCGGCGCACCGGCCUUCGCGACGGCGGAGGACCCCGCCUGGAGGAUGGCGCGCUCCCCCGACGGCGUCGAGGACGCGAUCCACCACGACGGCCGGUUCUACUCCAUCACGUACGCCGGCCGCAUCGAGGCCUGGCGCCGCAACGACGAGACCGGCGAGUUCACCAGCCGGGUAGUGGCGCCGCGGCUGGUUUACGAGGACAAGCACCUGCGCCGCAAGUACCUCGCGGCGUCGCCGGACGGGCGGCUGAUGGCCGUGCUCAAACGCUCCAUGGAGGUGGAACAGCAGUAUCACUGCAAGAUCACGCGCGUCUCCUUUGAGGUGCGGGUCCUCAACCAGGCGAGCGGGCGGUGGGAGGUGGCGGCGGACAUCGGCGACGCCGCCGUCUUCGUUGGCGUGAACAGCACCGUGUGCGUGUCUACGAGGGAGCACCCGGGGAUCGCCGCCGGCUGCAUUUACUUUACCGACGACGAGGUCGGGGGCGCCUGCCUGCGCAAGGAGCACGGCGCCAGCUACAACCAGCGCAGCAGAGGCUAUGGCGAGCCUGACGACACCGAGCUCCGGGAAACUGGCGUGUACAGCCUCAAGGCCGGGGAAGGUAAUGAGUAG